AUGCUUUACUUGAAAAAGUACUUCACAGAGGGCCUGAUUCAGUUCACCAUCCUUCUGAGUCUGAUCGGGGUACGGGUGGACGUGGACACCUACCUGAGCGCCCAGCUGCCCCCCUUGAGGGAGAUCAUCCUGGGCCCCAGCUCUGCCUACACGCCCACUCAGUUCCACAAUCUGCGCAACACGCUGGACGGCUAUGGCAUUCACCCCAAGAGCGUGGACCUAGACCAGUUCUUCGCCACCCGUCGCCUGUUGAACCGGGUGCGCCAACUGGAUCGCCUCUUCGUACCCAGCCCCGAGCUCGACACCUGGCUGGUGCACCGCGACGCAGAAAGCGGCCAAGCGGGCAGCGCCAGCAUCGCCCUGGACAAUGGGGGCGGCCUCGAGGACGUGAACGACCUCGACGCUGCCCCGGCCAUGAGGGGGAACGGAGAAGGUGAAGGGGGGCCGCCCGAGACCACCACCUAUAACCUUAAUGUAGCAGACAGCAGCCUGGGAGCAGUGGCGUCUGACGGCGACCAGCGGCAGGAAGACAACGACGACCUUAGCAAAGAGGACAUCGACUUGAUCGACAUCCUGUGGCGACAGGACAUUGACCUGGGCGCGGGCAGGGAGGUGUUUAACUACAGCAGCCGGCAGAAGGACAACGAUGGUGACAAACCACGCCCGGCCCAGGAAAGCAAGGACACCAACGACGAGCAGCAACGAGAAAGCUGGAGGAACGGCGUUAACUUACAGACGCUUCGUUCUGUGGAUAUCGAGACUGGAGAGAGCAUCCCCCAACAGCCAGCCACGGGCUCACAGACCUCCCUGUCUCUGCAGGAGUGCUUAAGGUUGCUGGAGGCCACGUUCCCUUUUGGAGAAGAUACCGAGUUUCCCAACCCGGCCGCGACACCAGAAGCGGAGGCCCCCGGCGCAGAAGCUCCGUCCACAUCACAGGGUUUGGCGCCUCAGCUGGACCUGGAGCAGCAGUGGCAGGACAUCAUGGCCGUCAUGGAGUUGCAAGCCAUGGAUGUGAACAACAGCGACGCAGGCUGCGGCAGGAUGUCAGCAUCCGACUUUCCACUGGUCCCGCCUGCUGUACCAAUCCACCAGGACGUUAGCCUCCAUCAGGCCUCGCUGGCCGGCUGCAGCCAGGAAUUCCCGCCGGUUUUCCCGCCUCACCUAGACUCGAACGGCGGCGUGCGAGCAUCCUCCAGCAACUCAAGCCAUAUCAACGCUACAUUCGGGACCACCAAUCUCACAGGACUUUUUCUGCCACCACUCCUCAACGGCACCGGCGCCAACGUCACCGCCAUCCCAGUGGACCCGUUUGGCAGUCUUCUGGAGGAGUCCAUGCUGGAUGAGAUUAGCCUCCUGGACCUUGCCAUGGAGGAGGGCUUCAGUCAGGCUCAGGCGUCGCAGCUGCGGGACGAGCUGGACUCGGACUCGGGCCUGUCCCUGGACUCCAGCCGCAGCCCGGCUUCCCCCAGCAGCUCGGAGACAUCCUCCUCCUCGUCUUCAUCCACUUCCGCCACCUUCUCCGAGGAGGGUGCCGUGGGAUAUAGCACUGCUGCUUCUGACUCGGAAGAAGGAGCUGUGGGGGGAUACCAACCAGAAUACAGCAAGCUAUGUCGCAUGAGCUUCCAGGACAACUUCCACGGCCUCCCCCAUCUGGGAGGAAUCAGCCACAACCACACCUACAACCUGCCGCUCGUACCUCCCUUCACCGAGCACCCGGAGCUCCCUAAGAAGCAGAAUCCGAAGAUUUCGAAGCUUUCCCCUCCCCCGCCUGAGCUCCUGGACAAGCAUUCAAGCCGGGACGAGCGGCGAGCCCGCGCCAUGAAGAUCCCCUUCUCCAACGACAAGAUCGUCAACCUCCCCGUGGAGGAGUUUAACGAGCUCCUGGCCAAGCACCAGCUGAGCGAGGCGCAGCUAGCUCUUGUCCGGGACAUCCGCCGACGUGGCAAGAACAAAAUGGCGGCGCAGAACUGCCGUAAACGCAAACUAGACACCAUCAUCAACCUGGAGGAAGGGGUACACCAGCUAAGGCGCGACAAAGCCAGGCUACUCAAGGAAAAAAUGGAGUUUCUACGCUGUAUCAGGCAAAUGAAGCAGAAAAUGCAGAGUCUGUGCCAGGAGGUCUUCGCCCAGGUCCGGGACGAGCAGGGCCGGCCGUACCCGCCCAGCAGGUACUCUCUCCAGUUCGCCGCGGACGGGAGCGUUCUGGUGGUCCCGCGCGGGGAACAGAACCGGCCUAAACCGGACAAGAAACCCAAGGACAAGAAGAAGUGA